UGGAUCGAAUAACUGAAAGACACAGAGCAGCAAGAUUGGCCCAUCAAAAAAGGACGCUAUAUAAUAAUGGUGAUAAGCGUUCAGCAUUUUUAAAAGACUAUUACUUCUAUGACGUAUAUCAUAAAAGAACACAUGAUGAAAAUAUAAAGACAAACCCUCAAAGUACUCCGAUCAAAAAAAAUCUAAAAAUAUGCAUUGUUGGCACGGGAAUGACUGCCGGUAUCAAUGAUAUCACUAUCCUUGAAUAUCAAGAUCAUGUUGGUAGACGUGUCUAUACUCAUUAUUUUACUGAUAACCCUGAUGAUGAAAAAU